UUUUAACUUGUUUAAAAACUGUUUGCUUUGCUGUUUCAAAAAGCUGUUAAAGUGCAAAUACUCUACUUCGUUUUUAUUUAUGUUUGUGAUGUUUAAAUUAGAUUAAAGACUUUCAAUUACUAUAUCUUAUACUAAAAGUGUGAUUAAAUAAAUACGUAGAAAUGUCUAAAAAAGUUGAUCAAGCUACAAUUAUUAUUUUGGAUAUAGGGAAAAAUACAUCGAAUGAUGAUAAAAAAGAGAAAAGCUUUUUUGAAAACGCAAUAGAAUGUACGAAACGUAUAAUCGAGAGGAAAAUAAUGAGUCAAGGGAAGGACCUAGUUGGAAUAGUAUUGUUGGGAUCGAAGAAAACUAAAAAUAAUUUAGCAGAACAAUGUCCUGGUGAUUUUAAACGAAUUGAACUUUUGAUAGACCUUGAAAUGCCCUCCUGGAAAAUGAUUCGCGACCUACCAACUGCUCCAACAAUUGCAAAAGGUGAUUGGUUUGAUGCACUUAUUGUUGCUGCCGAUUAUUUUAAAAACUGCUUCAGUGGAUACAAAACUCAAAACAGAAGGAUCAUAUUAAUGACUAACUUUGAAUCACCUUCCAAAGUUGAUGAAUCUCAAUUUGAACAGGUAUUAAAUGGAUUCAAAGAAGAUGAUUUUCAAGUGGAUGUCCUUGGAUAUGAUAUAUAUACAGAUAUAUAUAAGAAUGCAGAUGUUGGCUACAUUAAAAAAUUAGUUGACAGUACAAAUGGUGUUUCCGCUUUAUUCAAUGAUACAUUGAGAUAUCUUCUAUUCCAUAAGAAAAGGCAUCUAAAUCCGAUGCCAUGGAAUGUAGACUUAUGUAUCGGUCCUAAUAUUAAAAUACCAGUUUCAUCAUAUCUUAGAAUUAAAGAUGAAGCUGUUGUAAAGUCAUGGACGAAAGCGGUUCUUGACCCAGUAACUGGCUCCGCAAGUGCUACGGAAGCGGCUACGAAAAAAACAGUAUACUUGAACCCUGAAAACAAAGAUGUAGUGAAAUCACCGGAAAUAAUUAAAGGGUUCCAUUAUGGUCAGGAACUUAUUCCAUUCCUUGACGUUGAUAAGUCAUUACUUUAUAAUUCUGGGGAAAAAUCUCUGACGGUUUACGGAUUUACUGAUGCAAAGAGAGUUCAAUGGCAGAAUCUAAAUGGUGAAGGAUUAUCAUACGUUUUUGGACGGAAAGGUGAUAAAAAAGCCCAAGAUGCUGUGAGAAUAUUAGUCGAAUGUCUUUUGGAAUCAAAUCUAGUUGGGAUCGUAAGAAGAGUGUAUAAUAAUGGAAAUGCUCCAAGAAUGUAUGCACUUAUACCUGUAAUAGACACAAAUGAUUAUGUCUGUCUCUCUAUGGUGGGAAUUUGUUUUAAAGAAGAAAUCAAGUAUAUGGCAUUUCCACAGAUUGAAAAAGUAACAUGUAGUGAGGAACAAAUAGAUACUUUUAAGAAAUUGAUAAAAGCAAUGGAUUUAACGAAUGCAUACAAAGAUGAUUAUGAUGAUAACGAAGCCUUCCCUGUAGCGGAGACAAUAAGUCCUUCAAUACAAUAUGUGUUAGAUUGCAUCGCUUUUAGAGCUAUGAAUCCCGGGAAACCCUUGCCACCGCCAAGAAAAGAUAUAAUGACAUUGUUUAAAGUACCUGAAUUAAUUGAGAAAAAUGCAAUUGAUAUUGUUGAUAAAUUAAAAACAUUAUUUGUACUCAAGAAAGUUGAAGUUAAGAAAAGAAAUACCAAACAAAAUGUUACAAAUGAGACAAUGGUCAAUGAAGUAAAUGAGUUGAUUAGUGAUUUGCCUAAAGUUGACUUGCCAGUCUCAUUAAAAUCUAACAAAAUCAAUACCAUUGGUACACUCGAUCCUGUUAAUGAUUAUAAACAGCUUAAGGAGCUAGGAAAACCUUUUAAAGAUAUAGUAACGGAAAUGACAAAUGCCAUAGAAUGCUUGUUUAAUAGCAAUUCGGACGCACAUUGUACAAGAGCAUUAAAUGCAAUGGAGUUUUUAAGAAUGGAAAGUAUCAACAGUGAUCCAUCAAGUUAUAAUACUUGGCUAAGAAAUUUGAAAAUAACACUACAUAAUUUGAAAAAAGAUGAUGUUAUUGAGCUAAUACAAGAAAAACAAUUAAACUAUAUAAUAAAAGAUGAGAAUAGUUUAAGCAAAUAUGAUUCAAAUUAUGAUGAAAGUAAAUUUUAUGAAAUGGAUACUGCUCCUAUCCUCACAGAGACGGAUGUCAGUACUGAAGUGCAUGAUUUCUUCAAAGAUAUGUAGUUAUGUUGACUAAGGCAUAGUCAACCUUAGGGUAGGCUCUGAGCCCCUCAGUGGGGAUGUAGUUAGGUGAUAUGUAGUUUUUUAUAUAUGUAUAAUUAG